GAAUGCAUGUGAAGCAACAGUACGACUUUAUAAACGCGCGAAAUAGGAGGUUAUGGACUGACGGUUUGGAUUAUAAAGUAUUACAUUUCUAAUCUUCAUAUGGAAUUAAUAUUUAUUGUAUUUAAAUUUCAACAUGGAAGCAACAUUAAGUAAAUUACCAUAUUGUAAAGGCUUAUGGUCUGUAAUAUCUGGAACAACAUGUCGUUGCGACAAAGAACUUGUAGAAGAUGAAAUUAAAAAUGGAACGAAGUUACUCAUGGAAGGUUUACAAUUUUUUCAAAUGUAUACAGAGUCUUCACUUCAAACUAUUUCUAAACAAAAUCUUCCUCCCCGAAUGUAUGAUUUAAUCAGUAAACUUGCUCCAUUGAUUAAUUUGGAUGCAACGAUUACCUGGGAUUUAGUUAAUAAUUUCAUGCUAUAUGAAUAUCGCAAUUGUGCAGAAGCUUUUGCAUCUCAACUCACAGAUCUAAGUACUAUGAAAAUUUUAAUUGAUGAUAUUUGGAGUUUUUACUAUUCUGAAAGAGUAACAUUGAUCAAAUGUUUAAAACUGAUGGUUGAAUAUAAGGAUAAUGAAAGACACCCAAAUCAAAAGGAUUUUACAAAAUUCUUUGAUAAAGUCUUAUUAGGUGAUCUUCUUAUUUCUGUACAAAAACAAGUAGAAGCAUUAAAGUUUAUUAAUCCUCCUAUAAGAUCUCAGUUAUGUACAGAAGAACAUUUGCAUAAAUUAUAUAACAGUACCCUUAUUGAAAUAAGAGAAUUACUUCAUAUAUUAACUGUAAUUGUACAUGACAUUCAUAUACCUGCAAAGGAUUUUAAUAAGUUUUAUGGAAGCAUUGGGGGUGUCCCACGUAGAUUGGUUCAUUCAAGAAGUCACGAAGAUAAAGCAGCUGUAGAUAAAAAAAUUCAAGAAAUACAGUACAGUCAAGCAGCUCUACUUCUUGUUGCAUUGGAUGUUAGAAAGCAUCCUGAAAUGGAAGUUUGGAUAAAUAAUGUACGAGAUAAUAUGCAGGAUAUCUUUGAACAUAAAUGUAUUCGUGAUAGUUCCAUACAAGAUAGUCCAUUACUUUUGUCAUGGAUGUUAUCAAAUUAUGCUAUAGAUCCAGAAAAUAUUGAUUUAUUAAAUCAAUUUAAACCCUUUGGUAUCAAAGCAAUUCAACUUGAUGUCUUUCACUAUCUUCAAAGAUUGAUGUCAAGUGAAAUAAUCCAAGAAGAAACUCAUUAUGCUACAGUUGUGCGUAGUAGUGUGUACAAUCUUCUCACAUUGGUCUGUGCUUUUAUUGAUGAAGAUCGAUUAUGCGCAUUAAAUGGCAUUUUUGAUGCUGUUGCUUCUACAAUCAAAUUUCCAGAAACUGCAACUAGAUUUUGGGAUGAACGCAAUGAUGGUAUAUGGGUUAUAUAUAAUGUUGCCGUAGAAUGGUUUCCUUAUAAAUUUGAACCACUUACAAACAUUGCAACUGGACUUGCAAGUGCAUCGAUUAAUAGUGCUAAAAAGAUUAUAGAAGAAUUAGAUAUGUUAAUGUCAUUGACUUUAGAAGUUUCUCGACAACGAGAUCAAAGUAAACCAAUAAGACCAUAUGAGCGAGAAUGUAUGAUACAUAAGAAUCUAUUUUCUAUAAGGUCAGAUUGUUUGCGAGAAAAUAUUCUUGUAUUGUCCAGUGAUAGCGAAGUAGUAUUAUUCAAAACAAGGGCUAGUUAUUGGGAUGCAUUACAUCACAGAAUAGAACAAUUAUUUUCACAAGCUGGAGGUGGUAUAGCAAAUAUUUGUAAUAUGCAAACUAGUCUACUGGAUAAUGUUACUCAAGGAUUAAAGCUAUUGGAAUCUUUACUUGCUAAAGAUAUAGAUAUACCACAGAGUAUGGUUAUACCAACAGAGCUAAGUUUCGAAAUUAUUAACAGAUUUUCUUAUCCAGUUCUACCUCCAAACAUAUAUCGAAUUGUUACCGCGUGCAUAAGUAUAUCAUCCAAGUUGGUAUUAAAAUAUCCUGAAGAUAUUUUGUCUCGAAUGCAUGCAGGAGUUUAUCCAAAAUUUAACGAUUGGUAUCAAAACCCUUUAGACUUCGCAGAAGCAAUUUCUUUUGAUGGUGGUUUGAUUGCAUCUUGGCUAUCCUGUAUAGAAACCAUAGAACAUUCUUAUCCAAUCCUUUGUGCAUAUCUUGAUACUUUAUCUAGUUAUAUAAUAACAAAACACAGUAAGGAAGCUAUGUACAUGAUUGAAAUACCAGGGAUAGUAUUUCUUUUACAAGGUGUCUUACCAAAAUUAGAUUCAUGGUAUUUUAAAAGCGAUGGUGAAAGAUUGGAUAUUUGUUUGAAGAGUAUGUUUUGCCUUCAUCGUACACUUAAUACAAAUUUAUCCGACGACGAUAUACGAAAAAAAUUGCAAUUGACUGUGACAUAUAGUCUUCUUUACUUAGAACCUAGACAUGCACUACUGAAAUUAUUGCGUACGGGUGAGCACACACUGCACAAUAAAAUGAUCACGGAAACAGAUUGGAUAAGUGGUAAGGGAUUCAAGGCUAUAAAAAGUGUACAAUUGGCAUUAUCAAUAGUGAAUCGACUGUUGAUGUUCAGACAAUCUUUGGGUUUAGAACACAGUGAUAGAUCUCCAUUGGAAAUAGCUUUAUAUUCUUCACCACGUGUACCCAAUAGUCUUUUGAUAGUACCAACUAUAGUUAAUUAUCUAUACGUGUGGUUUAGUCCUUCGUUGCAAGCCAUGGCUGUCAGACUUUUAACAAAAUUCGCCGAAGGAUUCUCUAUGUCAUUGCUCGUUUGUAUGGGCAUGGAUGGUACAGCGAUAAGGGAAACUUUCGCCUCUCGAUUAAUGUCACCGACAUGUGCAGUAGAAGUCAAAGUCGCCAUCCUCGAAUUGGUUGCUGUCUGUUUGGAAAAACAACCUGGCUUAACUGAAGCCCUGUUUAAUAUAAUGCAUCAAGCAGAACGCAAAAGAAUAUUUCCACGACCAGUUGAUGAAUUUCUCACGGAAGGUUGCAGUCAAUUUUUAGAUCUUUACUUAUGUCGAAUAUAUAAAGAAGAGGAUAUCGUUUAUGACAGAUUAUACGAAAGUACGAUGACUUUAUUACGUGCAAUGUGGUACCAUCGCAACGAAAUUCUUGUCAAUUUCUUCCGUAAAAGAGAAGAUUUUUGGAGUCAUCUCUUUGCUCCUUUCUUUAGGGAAUUAGUACCAGUGGGUAAAGGCUAUUCACAACUUUUAGAUAUAAUUACAUUAGAAUUGUUCAAAAGCCCGUUAUUGGAAAAUAAUUUUUCUACGAAUCUGAAGAAAUUAUUGGAUACAAAUUAUGAUCAUUGGAAUAGAUUAUCAAAUUAUGUUCUGGGAAGAAUACCAACUGAGGAUAAUAUCAUAAAUAUAAACAAAAACAAGCAGCACGAUGCCGAUAGUUUACAAACUUUAUACGAGAAAAACUUAGAAUCAUGGUAUAAUUUUAUCGUUACUCUUACCGACGAACGAAAUAGAAAAAAUUAUACUAUUACAUUUUUGCAAGGACACUUUAUAAUGCAUCUCUCCUUAGAUGCUUUACUUGAACAAUUAAAACAACUAAAUGAUACUGGUAGUGCAAAGAUAGCUAUGCUUUUAGCUUCACUAUCAUUACGUUGUAUUACUUCAUGGAAACAUAUGUGUGUAGGUGACUCGCAGAUUUUUAAAAGCAAAUUAAUGAAACUUACUCAAGAAAUUGGCCAAGAAUAUCGUGGAUAUGGAAAAUCUCUGCGUCAAACAUUGAUCUCCUUGUUACUUGGUUGCGUGCAACUAAUAAAAAGCACUCUUGCAGAGGAUACGGCUAGUCUUGAAUAUCUUUUAAGCUACUCUUGUACUAUUGCUACUAGCGAGUUGGAAGAGCUACGAGAAUCGGCUAUACAAUUAUUAAAACAAAAACAGGCAUUUCCACAAGAUGCAAAUAAAAGAGAAAUAUCAUCGAUAGACAUGAGUACUGCAAAAGGCACAGAAGAAAUGAACAUAGAAACUAUCAAAGGUACCCGAAAGAGUUUGCCAGCAACAUUGACAAUCUGUUUGGUGACUCAACUUCUACGUUCCUAUAUAGAACGUAGACUUUCAACUAAACGUCGUCGAAAAGCUAGCUGCAUUCAGCUUCGUCAAAUGAUACCCGAACUAAUAACAUGCGUUUGCAUCACUUUACAAAAGCAACCUUAUCUCAAAUUUAGUACCGCGGCAUUAAACUUACUUAGUAUAAUAACACGUUCACCAUAUUGUCCAAAAUCGAUAAAUGAAAAUGAUACAGCUAAAUUAUGGUUAGCUCUGAUCCCACCUACAGAUAUUGGUAACAGUAUGCUUGAUUAUCUAUAUGAUGACACCCCCAAUGGUCAAUGGCGAUGUCAGGAUUGGUGGCCAGUUUAUACUCUUGGAUUGGAAAUCAUUAUGGGCUUGGUGACGAGUGAAACUCCAUCGAUAUACAUAAAACCUAUAGUAAUAUUUGUAAAUUCUCACGAGUAUCAACUUAUGGCAGUAUCGACAUUACUUAGACAUACAGCUGACCUAUUAGCUGCUGAUUUAAUUCAAACCUUAGUUGCUCUUAUUCAUGGUAUAGCAACUCAAGAAUGUAUUUGGAACUCUAUACCGUCUAAUGUACGUGAAACACUGAUCAAAUGUAUGUAUCUUGCAUAUGACAGUACUGUAAACUUAUUAUUGCGACCACGAAUAUUAAAAUUUAUAAUCGAUGGUAUAAGUGUGGAAAGUGCCGAAGAAUUAAAAUCUUGCGACGAAAGAUUACCGAGCAGUGAAUUAAAGUUGCUUGUUAACAAAUUGAUAGUCAUUAAUACUACUUGUGCUCUUUGUUUUGUUUACUUCUCACCGAGAUUGAAUACUCUCGUCGAUACGAUAUACACGCAAGAUUUUUGGUAUACACCAAUGGCUGAAAUGAAUUUUGGAGCACCCCAAAUGAGUAUAAGUUCUGGUCCACGGUUAACUUAUGGUACAAUUAUUAGUUCCACGCAAUUGUUUACUCAAGCACUACAUUCAAGUUCACAUUCAACUAGCAUGUCGUCUACAUCUUUGGUGACUCAGCCUGGCAAAGAGGAUAAAAAUGACUCUGCUAAAAGAGAAUGGGAACGUGCUGCACCGGAAAAUCUUCGACGAAUGCAUACGAGCAAAGAUCUAAGAAGAAUUAUACAUGCUGCCUCAGGUCCGGCAACCUCGAGAUCUGCAUCGGCAAAUAUAGCUGCUGAUUUUCUUGGAUAUGUUAGUGGCCUUGACGUAACAGUACCAUUGCUAAGCAGUCCACGUCUCGUUCGACGACCCUAUGAUCCUCUUAUCUGCGAGAAUACUAUUCUCUCAAAAGCAACUGCCUUGGCAGCUGGAAGACACGUUGCUAAGGGCAGUGGUGGGACAUCUUCAGGUACCAACAAUGGUAGUCCAAGUAUAGUAAAAAAUAAUAUAAACAAAUUUAGUGAUCCCUGGUUCGAAUCGAUGGACGAAAAUAAUACUAGAUUAGCGCUUGAAAUCAAUCUCGUAUUGAUACUAUGUCAAGCCCUUGAAGGUGUUAGAAGUCCAAGAUUAGCACUACGAGAUCGUCAAUUGAUAGCACGUGAAACAGCCACGGAACUAGGUGUUUUCUUCGACUUUCUUGAACACCGUGGUACUCCUGACAUUUGGAAAGUCAGAGGAUCUCUUCUGGAUGCCGAUGCAAAGGGCGUUAUAAUGGUUGAUAUUCCAGAUCCUAUUCAAAAGAUGUCACAUGCUAGACUUCGCAAAGAUAGCACCAUCGAUAAAGCACCAGUUACUUUGGCGAAUACUGAUGAUAACUCGUUUAUAAACGAACAUAAUAUUCUCGAAAAGAGACUCGAUGAAGGUAUUCUUACUACCGGCACUUUCGCAGCAAAUAUCAGUAGCGUUCAAUUUUUACCAUUAAUGGGAAAAUUAUUGAAAUCGGUAGUAGAAUCAUUGGACUCAACGCAUUACUGACGUCAACAUAUGAGUUUUGUGAAAAAUAAAAUGUCCUUGUAACAACAUUCUUUAUCACGUAUGUAAUACGCAUAAAUACAUAUAUACAUACAUAGGUUGCUGAAAGACUGAAAAGAAAAAAAAUAUCUUACAUUGUUUGUACAGUGAUUUUUGCUAUGAUAAAAUCAUAAAAAAUUGAUUAAUAUAAUUAAAAAAGAAAUGAAGGAGUUCAAUAAAAUACAAAAUAGAUAAAUAAUCGUGCCUAUGUAUUAUUACGUAUAUCAUUUGUACUUUUUUUUAAAGCUAACACACUACGAAAAGAAAUGAAUAUCUCUUGUCAAUUGCAAUAAGACAAAGGAUAUAUGUAUAUAUAAUUAAACUAAAUAUUGUAAAGA